CCAGACGCCCCGAGUGCAACGCUGAUGGGACGAGGUGGAAUGGACAAAGGCGAAUUAGAUGAUGGGGCCCCUCAACUGCUGAAUGUCGGCUGCACGCUGGUCAUAACCUAAAAUAAACUCAUUCCGCCGUGCACACACUCCUUCUCCGGAUUCCUUGGAAUUUUAGACUCCUGACUCCUCAUACUCGGACGAGAGUGACCAGGAGCAAAAGGACCACGCAGGGCAACAUGUUAAGGACUAGAAGAAAGCUCCUCUCAAAGGCUGUACGGCCAUCACUUCAGAUGUACUCGCGUCUUUAUCGUUGUUUCGUUGAGAACAACAGAAAAGUGCUAAUGAUUUCAACAGAGACUCGACGAGUACCAUCUCAAUGAAAAGGCGGCAAACUCGUUUGGAUUGGUUGGCAUUGUUUCCGUUCCCUUCACUUCGCUAUAUGUUGUGCAAGUGGUAGUCUAACAAUUAUCAUCAGUUGCAAAUCUAGGUUUUAUUUGGGCUUCUUAUUGGUUCAACGGAAUCGGCGACCUGAAGAAGACAAACUUCGAGUUUAGGCGCUGGAUUAUUACCGCACAUGAUGACUGGAGCAGUGGAAGACUUGCGACGAUGCAUUCGCUCAUUGGACGUUAAAAAAGUGAGACGUCUCUUGGACGAACUCCCUGAAGGGAAUUACCAGAACCUCGGCUUGCUCCAGGAGGUGUGCCUCCUUAAAGAUACGCCAACGAGCUCUUCAGCUAUCCGCGAUUUUAUUCUAAUGUUGGUUGACUUUGGGGUUGAUCCGAACUCCGACCCAGCAUCAAGAUGUCAGCCAUAUUAUCUACCUCCCUUAGUAGCAGCCAUAUCGAAUUGUAACGUGACCGCUCUACGCACUCUCCUGCAGUGCUCAACGGAUCUACUACAGCUUAAAGAGGUGCAACUAAAGUGGAUAACUCCUGAGAUGAAAAAUAUCAUCAGACAAUUUCAACCCGGAAUGUGGAUCGCCGUUCAUAGUGGAAACAUUGCCGACGUUCGCAGGUUAAUAAAUUUGUGGGUCAGGAUGGACACCUUGAAGUACGGACAGACCCUGCAGCAGUUAGCAGAGAGCCAGGGCAGCGAGCAGAUUAUCAAACUCAUCUCGGGAAUUUCUCCUACGAUGAAACUGGUUCACCACGUAUUGGCACGAGACGGGCGUAAGGUGAAAACAACAUUACAAGGAUUGUCGGGUAAAUCGACUCCGACUUUGCGUUUAAACCUGCGUCAUCUAGCGGGACAAGGAGCGACCGUCCUUCACUACGCUAUUCGAAAUGGUGACGCCCAGAUUGCCCGACUUCUCGUCGAAUGUGGAGCACAACUAUUUACGGUUAUGACGGAUCCCCAAGGGGUUGAGUGCCCGGUAUUGUUUACCGCUUUGAACGAAUCGCUUAGGCCGGAAAUGGUUGAUGCGCUAAUAUCGAAGACAACUAUGUGCGAAUCGAUUUUACAGCAACUCCUUUAUAAGAGCCAAGGAAUUUUGGAGGUAGCUGUCCGUAAUUGCGUUCCGCUAGAGUCCUUCUGUCUACUCGUAGACCGUAGCGGGCCCCUCGUUCUUGCUCAGCGUAAUUGCCAAAAUCAAACCGCAUGGGAUGUGGCAAACGAGUUAGCCUUGUAUUCAUAUUGCGAUCGUAUCGACGCGACCGUACGCCGUUGGAUCCGGGAGCCUCGUGCGAGACAAGUAUUAGCAUUACAUGGCUAUCCAAGGCUAACUAUGCUUGUCGAACCGGACCAAGAAGCUCAACUUCCUGCCGAUGCUCAGGAUUUCCUAUGCGCUCUUCCGGAAUAUUGGGGAUGGAUUGAAUACUUGUCCAAGUCCAUCUCUAACCAGGACAUCAAGUCGUUUCAAGACUUAUCUGCAUACCAAGGUGAACACCCUGAACUAUUUCGCUGUGAUCUUCUAUGGAAUGCUAGAGUUUGUGGAGACGCACUGCCUCUACUUCACAAAGCAGUUCUCCAUAAGAACAAGUUAAUGGUUGUGGAAAUUCUGAAUGCAAUGGAACCCUUUGAAAGCAUCGAUAUCCUUGUCGAUGAGUACCGUCGCACAGCUUUACAUUACGCCUACGCUACAAAGGAAACUCGACAGACAAAGGACAUUGUUGCAUUGUUGUAUGAGUUUGGAGCAUCUGAACAUUGUCUUGACAAGUUUGGAAGAGAACCGCUAGAUUUCAAAGAACAUUCCGGGACAAGAGCGAUGGAAUCAUACUUGGAAAAGGUACGAGAGCGACAUUCAAUCCCGGCUGAGCUCGAGCGAGAAAUCUGGCGACAGAAAUCGCGUAAAGUACGAGAAUGCAAAGUGCAGACCCAUCGGCAGGUGCAUGCGCAUUGCCACGAUGCCCCAGGUAAAAUUUAUGGCCGUGAAGUGGGGAAAGCUGACAUGCCCUGGGACAACCGUCCCGCAUCGAUGCAAACAACUGAUGAUGAAUAUUCCUGGGGAGGCUGGUGUACUCUUCAAUAGGUUAAGUUCUUGUGAUCAAGAAAAUCAUAUAUUACAUUUAUGUAUUGGCUCCGUUUCAAUGGCCAGACAUUACUAGGUAGAUAUACAACGUAUUACAUGAUACUCGAGGAUAAGGCCGGUAUUUGACGAGCUCAAGGCCCUACGCCAUUAGCUCGUUAUAACGAGUUGAAUCAACAUUAUUCGCCUAUAGCUUAACGAUAUUAGGCUGGGUCAUUCUGCGAUAAGCUAUUUAAGUCGUGCACUCGACGGCUAUCACUAUUAUUAAUAUCACAUACACAGUCUUCUUUUUUAAAGAAGUAGGUGCCUAGCUAUAGAUAUAUUUUAGUGGUCGUUGUGCUUGCCGAUUAUUCAACAGACCGAAAAUUGCGAAGCUACCAUGAAGUUCAACAAGCAGGAGUAAACCUCACAUAAAUUUGUGAUUCCAUUAGAGAGCACCUAAGUUACUUCGUUCGCUCGUAUUUGCGGCCUAUUACGAAAAUUCGUAAAUCGCACUUACCCCUCUACACAUGCUGUUCUACUCAGAAGCGCUUUUGUCCUGUUGUUCCGAUAGAUUUGGUAGAUUUCAACCUAUCAACUGACCUUUGCUACUUUUUCUUUACUAACGCCUAACCAAAGUUAGGUGGCUUAAACGUCACUGGACGUCUCUGUCUUGGAUGAUGCUUGCCGCAAGCAUAUGAGGGCACUAUUAAAAGCGAACGAAUUUAAAAACCUCAUUUAUGCGCAACUUAAUUUUUAAAGUUGCUGUUAUUACCAUUAAGCCCAUGGACUUCCCCGUGUCAACAGGAGGCGUCAGCAGCAACAGAUGAGAACCGGCGAUGAUGUCUUUUUCGGCACCAAUUUUAUUUCAUCUUAAUAUCCAUUUUUUAUAUAUAUAUAUAUAUAUAUAUAUAUGAAAUGCUUGCACGGACGCCUGUGUAUUUUUCCAUUAUGAUCACUGUGAGCCAUCACCGUAUAUUGUCCGAACCGCAUCGUGUAUGAUAAAUAUAUAAAUCAUAAACUGUAUAUUAGCAAAAUACAUGUGUCAUGUGACUUCUUUGUUACCCAAUAAAAGCAACAAAAAAUAGCGAUCCGUUUAAAUAGUCCACGAUGAUAUGCAGGGACAUUGUCUGUUUGAGAAAACUAAUGAAAUGAACGAAUGCUGCAACGAGCUAAUUACGCAUGUGACGAAGAGAACAGCCAGACGUUGCAUGUAUUUGCCCAAGUGUCAGUGGGGCAUUUUCCAGAUGGACGACAUACAGAAAUCAAGCAAGGGCACCUAGACUAAGGGGCGAACAAGCAGCAGGUAAGACGACUCCGUGAGUACCUGUAGUCACUCAUCUGCGGUCGCAUCCGGCUGACGCUUAUAUAUACGAUCCGGUGCGAUGUGAAAUUGAUAGACGCUUCGAAAUUGCUCAAGAAUCAUAAAAAUUUAUGAUAGUAUGAUAUUAGAGCAAAAGGAAAAUCUAAAUCUUAUCGGUCUGAAUACACUAGUAUUAUAAGCUAUGUACAAGGGGUUUACAAACAUAUAGGCAUCAUAAGAAUAGAUGGAGGGCGGCGUUUGUAUUUAUUUUUACGCCGCUAAGAAGAUAAUUAAAAACAGAGGACAACUACCGAUAGCCACUUUAACAGUUGUUAUUCAAAGCGGCUAAUCCUUAUGAAAUUACAAUUUAAAGCAAUUUAUAUCACGAAUGAAAAAUUCGUUUCGAAGGCCAACCCAAACUAGCCUUAACCAAUAUCGAUCUUUUUACGGAACAUGCGUGAAAUCCUGUCAAAUAACGGCGUCAUACCGUUAGACAGGGGAAAUAUCGCGCUUCUUAGGCGGGUCUGCAUUGGCUUAAUCGGUAUGAUGUAAAAAGAUGAAAUGAUCUAGACGUAACUAUUUAGUACGUGGAUAAUGUUAUCAGCGUAUAUGCAGGUCAGAUUCAACCAACUGGUUAUGUGCUGCGGCUGAAGAGAAUUCCAUGUUUAGCAUAUUCUCUCUUGUACCUCAACGAAGACAGUCUAUCGCUAAAAAUUGUGGCCGGCUUCUCUCCAAAUCUCAUAUAAUUCUGAAUGUAUUAUUACUUUUUACCUUGGCCUUUGCCAAAUGAGUGCAUUUUAAAUGAACCUAGACAGAUUUUCCACUGACCUGCUAUGGGCAAGUAACUCAAGCUAAUCGCAACCGUUUUGCGCUUACGAUCAAUCCAGUGGCUACCUAGCAGGUGGUCCAACCGUACGAUUAAGAAUGACAUUCAGUUUCAUUACAAACCUAAGUCCAUACUGAGAACUACAAGUAGAGGGCAAAUUAUAUAAUAUGCUAUUGUAUUAUUCUCUCGAAGAUACUUUGAAAUGCCAGUGUUAUUACGAUACAAGAAAAUUCUUGAUGGUUCGUGAAAAUGAUUAAGUGUGAUGUCCAACCGUAGGGCAAGACCGGAUGAGACUGGGCAAAUAAGUUUACGAAGCCGCCUAUAAAAACGAGCUAUUGCUAAAUGAACAGACUUAGUAAGCGAUAAACAGGCUGAAGUCGACACCUCGAUGUCAGUGUGAGGAACCAUACUCUUCCACUGCUAUAAGAAAAACAAAUAACGAUACGUACAUCCUUUCCUUCUCUCUACGAGUCAUCUGCGAAUGGAGCCCCAAAGACGCCUAACGCUAUUCGCGUGCUUAAACGAUUAACAAUAAAUAGCACAGGAUAUGGACUGCUGCAGAUGGUCACUAUAACUUCAAUAAACCUCCGCUGUUCGAUGAGAACCAUGAAGAAGAUGUAACACUACUUAAUAAGAAACUUUAUGAGAACUUGCAUACUCAUUGUUAUAUGUAACCGAAAAUGGAACAGACUAUAAACCGGUUUAGGAGUAUUCAUCUAGCAAAAACUCGUUAACAACUACGGAAGACGGACAAAUGAUGAACAAAUGACAACUAACUAAUAAAAUAUAGAAACAAACAAAAAAAAAACGAUUGUACUCGGAGCUCUGUUUGCCUAGUUGUUGCUAUCUACGGCAUCGCUAUAGGCGUCAUGUAUAAUUCACACACCACUGCGUAACCUAUGAGUAGCUUUUUUUACUGGAUUAUUAGUUGAUCUACUUGUGAUAAGUUCUGAGAUCUGACACAAGUCACUUACUUUGAAAUACUUGAGUAGGUGAUUUUAGCCUCACUGAUGGUUGGACCUCCUCAUAUUCUGUUUAUAUUGCUAACGAAGGUAUGAUAACUUGAAGUUGAUGUUUACCCUGCGUACGUAUAAUCUAAUCUGCUUAUUAGCAAUAAUUUGUUAUUAGUUGGGUGUAGUGUU